GAGAGAGAAAGAGAAGAGAAAAGAAGACACGACACGAUGGAGGGUGAGGAAGGAGGAGGCAUAAGGCUGAGCAAGAGAUUCUCCGAUGACAAGGGUGGCGGAGAGGUCGAUUACAAGACCAAAUCAGGCACCGCAUGGAGCCACUCUUAUCUCAACCAGAAGCCAUGGCACCCUCUCUCUUACCCCAAUCAACGCCGCAAGUGGAUCGCCGAACAAACCCACGCAAACCACCAACGCCGUUCCGAUGAGGUCGCACGUGAGUAUGCUCAUGAGCAAGAGUUCUUUCGCCAGACAGCUCUCAUCUCCAAGAAGGAGAAAGAAAAGGUGGAGUUGAUGCAAGCUGUUAGCUUUAUGUAUGUUCGUCCUCCUGGUUACAACGCCGAAAGUGCCAAAGCUGCGGAGAUGAAUGAUGAGAAGAAAAUGGAGGAGAUUAGUAAGGAGCCUCAACCUCAAGACCCAAAUGCUCAUGGACCUUCCUCUUCAAUGGCAUCGAGUUCCAUGAAUUUGAGUGAAGAGAAGAAGAAACCAAGGCCGAAAGAUGUUUUUGGGCGUCAUCUACCAACUGAAGAAGAAUUCGAAGUUCUUAAAAAUGCGCCAAGGCUGGAAACAGGAGUUCCUGGCAGGGUGAAACCUUUUGGAGUUGAAGUUCGCAAUGUAAAAUGUUUAAGAUGUGGGACCUAUGGUCACCAAAGUGGUGAUCGUGAGUGUCCUUUGAAGGAUGCUAUAAUGCCUAAUGAAGAGAGCAGAUUGAAAAGAGAUGACCCCUUGAAUGCUAUUCUUGCUCAUACAGAUCCUACUGAGCCUCUGAAAUGGGAGCUCAAGCAGAGGCCAGGAAUCAGUCCUCCUCGUGGAGGGUUCAAACCGGAUGAUCCCAACCAGCAGAUAGUUGCUGAGGAGGACAUAUUUGAUGAGUAUGGAGGUUUUCUCAGUAUGGGUAAUAUCCCCGAGUUAUUGACCAACUUUUCUAAGAAACCAAAAAAAUCCAAAAAGUGCAAGCAUAAAAAACAGCAACUAGUACAUUCAGAAAGUGAAGCAUCUUCUGAUGAUGGAGAGAGGAGGUCUAAGAAAAAAAAGGAUAAGGUAAACAAAAAGAAGCGAGAUCAUGCAAAGUCUAGUUCAUCAGAAACUUCAGUCUCUGAAAAAGAUCAAAGAAAGAGCAGACACAAGAGUUCCUACCCAUCACAAGAUUCGGAGAAUGACUGGAAUGAUCAAAGUAGAAGGACUAGACAAGAGCAUUCCUUUUCGCCCAAAGUUUCUGAUCGUCCUAGGCAUGGCCGGGGUAAACAUGGCAGACAAAGGCAUUCUUUUUCAACUGAGGGGCAUAGGCAUAGUCCUGAUGGGCACCACAGAAAUUACAAGAACAUCGAUAAGCAUUCUUAUUCAUCUGAAGAUUCUGACAGUGACAGGGAUGAUCGAAGUAGAAAGAAUAUACAACAGCAUGAGAGGAAACAUAGCAGAAAAAGACAUUCUUAUUUGCACGAGGAUUCUGGUACUGCAGGUUAUCAUGCAAAUCAUAAUAGCAGGGAUGAGCAUUCUUAUUAUUCGGAUGAAUAUAAUCACCAAAGACAACCCAAGGUCAAAAGGAGCAACCAUAAGCAUUCAUCAAUAGCCCAUUGCGAUUCUCAAAAAAAUAACACAAGUUAUGUUUUUGAUCGCUACGAUGGAAGUCAGAAGUGCUGCUCUGAGCAUUCUUAUUCGUCUGAAGAUUCUGAUGUUGACAAGCAUGAUCGAAGGAAAAGGAUCAAACAAAAGCACCGCAAUACACCUGAGCGUGAUGUGAGUAAACAAAACAGAAAAAAGCGCUGUUACUCGUCUAAGGAUUCUGGUGGUGAUGGAGGAUAUCAUAGAAGUGAAAAGAGAAGAUAUGAGCGUUCUUAUUCAUCUGAUAAUUCUGAUCAUAAUGAAAGACAUCAUAAGUUGAGAAGCAGAAGCCACAAGCAUUGAAUGGCUCAUUGCAAAUUAUCACUAGCAUUCAUCUCAAGUCUUUGCCAAGGGAUGCCAAAAUAGUAAACGCCGUUUUCAAUGUCAUCAUUAUAGUCACUGUGUUCAUCAGUCUGAUUCAUACUAAGUUGCGUGCGGUAUUAAAUAGGAAGCUACAAAUUAGUGCGCCAUCAGUCUUUUGUACUAGUUAUAUGGUUUUUUAAUGGACGUUCGUGUAACAAAGAUUUGGCAUUCCUUUCUUCUGUUUGAAUUCGUUUCUUAUGAAAUGGUUUACUUC